CAGAACGGAGACUGAAGGGGUGGGGCCGCGGCCGAUCGGUGCGAGCUCUGUGGGGCCGGACUGGGCACCAGUCGGGCCCUUUAAGGGCCGCUCCCGAGGAGGUGCCAAGCCCUAGUGACUCCAAUCUCUUCUUCCUGGUCCUGCGAAGGCAGGGACUGACCGUAGGGCUGUGGGAGGGGUCGUGCCGGGCUUUCGUCCAGGUGACUCGGGCCUGGCCUUAUGGCUCUGGUCACAGUGAGUCGCUCGCCGCCGGCUAGUGGCCACUCCUCGCCUGUGGGACCCACGCAGGACCGAGUGGUCAGGCGUAGAGGCUGGCUCCAGCGCAGGCAGAGUUUUGCAGUGCUCCGAGGAGCUGUCCUGGGACUUCAGGAUGGAGGAGAUGGUAAUGAUUCGGCUGAGGCAGACUCUGAGCCAAUGGAGGAACCCUUGUGUGAGAAGCAGCCCACUGAGGACCAGACCGACAAUGGGCAAGAAUUCCAGAGUCCCUGGAAACAAGUGCAAAGGCAGCACCUGCACCUCAUGGUGGAGCUGCUGAGGCCACAGGAUGACAUCCGCCUGGCAGCCCAGCUGGAGGCAGCCCGGCCUCCACGACUCCGUUACCUGCUGGUAGUGUCCACUGGAGAGUGUCUGAGUCAGGAGACCAUCCUUCUGGGAGUGGACUUUCCUGACAGCAGUUCCCACAGCUGCACCCUGGGCCUGGUCUUGCCCCUCUGGAGUGACGCCCAGGUGUACCUGGAUGGCGAUGGGGGCUUCAGUGUGACAUCUGGUGGUCAGAGCCGAAUCUUCAAGCCAGUCUCCAUCCAGACCAUGUGGGCCACACUGCAGGUAUUGCACCAGGCAUGUGAGGCAGCUCUAGGCAGCGGCCUUGUGCCUGGUGGCAGUGCCCUUGUCUGGGCCACGCACUACAUGGAGAAAGUGAACUCUGACCAGGGUUGCCUCAAUGAGUGGAUGGCCAUGUCUGACCUGGAGUCCCUGCGACCACCUAUUGCUGAGCCUGGACAGGCCUCGGAACAAGAGCAGAUGGAGCAGGCGAUCCUGGCUGAGCUGUGGCAGGUGUUGGACACCAGUGACCUAGAGAGUGUUACUUCCAAAGAGAUCCGCCAGGCCCUGGAGCUGCGUCUGGGAUGCCCUCUUCAGCAGUACCGUGACUUUAUUGACAACCAGAUGUUGCUGCUUAUGGCCCAGCAAGACCGAGCCUCCCGCAUCUUCCCCCACCUCUACUUGGGCUCUGAGUGGAAUGCUGCCAAUCUGGAGGAACUUCAGAGAAACAGUCCUGGGGAUGCUGCACUCACUUGUGUCAAAGGCCUCAACAGCAUGGCCAUUUGCCCCACUAAGCACACACAAUGGUGCAGAGAUGAGGUCUCUAAGACAAGGGGUGCUGGUGGGCACUUGCCAAGCAGAAGAGGUUCCUGCCAGCCUGGCCACCUCUUCAGGGUUAGCCACAUCCUGAACAUGGCCCGGGAGAUUGACAACUUCUUCCCUGAGCGCUUCACCUAUCACAACGUGCGUGUCUGGGACGAGGAAUCAGCACAGCUGCUGCCCCACUGGAAGGAGACACACCGCUUCAUUGAGCGUGCCAGAGCACAGGGCACUCGGGUGCUAGUCCACUGUAAGAUGGGUGUCAGCCGUUCUGCUGCCACGGUGCUGGCCUAUGCCAUGAAACAGUAUGGCUGGGGUCUGGAGCAAGCCCUGAUCCAUGUGCAGGAGCUCCGGCCCAUCGUGCGCCCCAACCCUGGCUUCCUGCGCCAGCUACAGACCUACCAGGGCAUUCUGACUGCCAGCCGGCAGAGCCAUGUCUGGGAGCAGAAAGUGGGUGUGGUCUCCCCAGAGGAGCCCCUGGCACCUGAAGUUUCUACACCAUUGCCACCUCUUCCACCAGAACCAGGAGGCAGUGGGGAGGUGAUGGUUAUAGGUUCCAAGGAAAGCCAGGAAGCCCCCAAAGAAGAGCUUGGGCUGAGGCCCCGCAUCAACCUCCGAGGAGUCAUGCGCUCCAUCAGUCUCCUAGAGCCCUCCUCGGAGCCAGAGAGAACCCCAGAGGCUGGAGACCUGCCAGAGGUUUUCUCUUCCCAUGAAUCUUCAGAUGAAGAGCCUCUUCAUCCCUUCCCUCAGAUUUCAACAGCCAAAGGUGGUCACAGCCAAAGGGCCCACAGGGGGCCUUGGCCUGCCCUGAAGUCUCGCCAGUCUGUGGUUGCCCUUCAUAGUGCUGCCCUGGUGGCUAGCAGGACCCGGGCCUUCCAGGAGCAGGGACAAGAGCAAGAGCAGCGGGAGGCUGGUAUGCCUUCUACACCUAGGCUCCGGAAAGUGGUGAGGCAGGCCAGUGUAGACGACAGCAGAGAGGAGGGUGGGGCCUAAGCCUUUAUACUCUGUCCCGCUAGACACUAAACAGACUGGUCACAGCUCCUCAGAUGAGCACCUUUGCACCUCUGGGCCUGCACACUCCAUAUAGCUAGCUCCUCCCCAGCAGUCCCUAGACCUUUGUCAUUUCCUGCAGCCUUAGGUCUCAGGUAGCUCAUGUCUUCCUGUCAAGGGCUCAAGACUUUUUCUACAUAGGGUAUAUGAGUAGAACCAUUAAUGGUGCCUUAAAGGGUAAUAACACCCUAGUUUCAUUAUGGAAUUAAAUUGUUAGGGCAGGUUUUCUGGUUCAUGUCCCCCUUGCCCUCAACUUUUGGCCAUCCUGUCCCAUUCCUCCCACCUCUCCUCCUGAAGUCCUACAGGCAGCUAGGCCAAGGGUCCAGGGACCACAAAGGUAGAUAGCACUUUCAGUCCCCAGCCCCAUAGGCUCUGAGGGGGCUCAGAGUUCACCCUUCACACAACUGAUCAGAAUCUCUGCUGCUGCUGAGUUCUCCCAUGGCCCUCACAGGGUCUCAGGGCACUGGGCUAAAGAGAGUCUUCUUGUUUUUGAAGAUCUCUGGCCAGUCAAGUUUUUCAUAGUCGUGUAGUAUCUGGCUUUGUACUGAGAAAUAAAAGACAUUUUCAUAUUAA